AUGGCUAUUUCUGAUCUUCUUAAUCGCCGUAUGCGAGCGAAACCAGAUGAUGAUGACGACGAGGAGGUUUACUUGGAGGGGUCAGGGUCAGGGUCAGAGCAAGAGCAGGAUGAAGUCUCAGAUCAGUCGGAUCAAGAGCAAGAUGAUGGCGAGGGUUCAGGAGAUGAAAUGAUGAACGAUGAGCAACAUGAAGACGACGACGACGACGACGAGGAAGACGACCAAGAAGAUAUCCAAUCCUCCCUAAACAAUAUCUCCUUCGGCGCCCUAGCAAAAGCCCAAUCCUCCAUGGGCCCGCGCAAGACCAAGCGCGCAAAAUCCUCAGCACCCGACGGCAAUGCAGAAACGCAACCCGCCAAUCCCCUCGACGACAUCCGCGCGCGCAUCCGCGAAGCCCGCGAACAAAAGCAAUCCUCGUCGUCCUCAAAGUCGUCAAAGUACAAAGACCUCGAAAGGCGCUCCUCCAAACACGCCCCCAUGGUCCAAUCCACUAAACAUGCCGUCACCCGUAAACGCACCAUCAUCGAGCCCCCUGCCACAGCCCGCUCCCGCGAUCCACGCUUCGACCCAACAGUCGUCGGCAAGAACACGCACAUGCCCGCCGCCGCCUCCGAAAAAGCCUACGCAUUCCUAAACGACUACCGCGCCAAGGAACUCAAGGAACUCAAGGAACAAAUGGCCAAGACAAAGGAUCCGUUCCAGAAGGAGAACUUAAAGAAGCAGGUGCGGUCUGCAACGGAUAGGAUGCGGGAGAGCGAGAACCGGAAGCGCGAGCAGAAGAUUCUGGCGGAGCAUAAGAAGAAGGAGAAGGAGUUGAUACGGGAGGGGAAGAAGAGUACUCCGUACUAUUUGAAGAAGUCGGAUUUGAAGAAGGAGGUGAUUAUGCGGAAGUAUAAUGAAAUGAACUCGAGGGAUCGGGCGAAGGCGUUGGAGAGGAGAAGGAAGAAGGUGGCUUCGAAGGAGAUUAAGGAGAUGCCUAUGGAGCGGAGAGGGUUUGAGGGUGGUCCUCCGUCCAGGGGAGAUGGUGGAGGGAUGAAGCGGAAGCGUGCUGCAUAG